GAUGGCGACCAAGCCGUACCGGCUACGAUGUUCGCUCCUGGGGCAUUCGAUGGAUGUGCGGGCCGUGGCGGCCGCACAUUUUCCCGACGGUGCCAUCGUGACCGGCUCGAGAGAUAGAACGACUCGGAUAUGGAUCCCGAACGAGGGCGGUCCAGACUACUUCGAGAGCCAGUGCCUGACCGGUCCGACAAACUUCGUGUCGAGCGUGUGCACGGUUCCGCCGUCGGACCAGUACCCGUCGGGCCUGAUCCUUGUGGGUAGCAACGACUGCUGUAUCUACUGCUUCAGCCCGGAGAACCCCCAGCCCCUGUAUAAGCUCCUGGGACACAGCGGCGUAGUGUGCGCCCUGGCGGCGGGCCAGUUCGGCACCCUGCUGAGCGGUUCCUGGGACAAGAGUGCCCGUGUCUGGUUCGGCCAGAAGUGCAUGCUCACUUUGGAGGGCCACCAGGGACCCGUGUGGGCGGUGCAGAUCCUGCCCAAGCAGGGACUCAUGCUCACGGGAUCAGCCGACAAGACGGUGCGGCUCUGGAGGGCGGGCAAGUGCGAGCGCGUCUUCUCAGGCCACGAGGACUGCGUGCGGGGUCUGGCCGUCCUCUCCAACCUGGAGUUCCUCUCAAGCUCCAACGACUGCACGGUCCGCCACUGGAGGGCGACGGGGGACUGCCUGCGCAUCUACAACGGCCACACUAACUUCGUGUACAGCAUCUGCGUCUUGCCCGACGGGGGAGGCGAGGAGUUUGUGACCUGCGGUGAGGACCGCACGCUCCGGGUGUGGGCCAGCGGAGGCGAAUGCCUACAGACGCUCCGGUUGCCGGCGCAGUCCAUCUGGUCCGUCGCGUGCCUCGCCAACGGCGACAUCAUUGCAGGCUCCAGCGACGGCGUUGCACGGGUGUUCACGCGCCACUCUGAGCUGCAAGCGCCACUCGAAGAACAGAAGGCAUUCGAGGAAGAAGUGUCAAAGUCGACCCUGCCGGCCCAGGAGCUCGGCGACUUGAAGGUCAACGAACUCCCCGGAAAAGAGGUGCUUUUGGAGAGAGGCAAGAGGGAUGGCCAGACCAAGUUGGUCAGGGAUGGGGGAGUGGUGUCAGCCUUCCAGUGGGUUGCAGUCGACAACGAGUGGCAGAAGAUUGGGGACGUCGUCGGGGCGCCAAACUCGGACACACCGCAAGGAAAGGUCACCUUCGAGGGAAAGGAGUAUGACUACGUGUUUGACGUGGACCUGGACGACGGGAGCAAGAUGAAGCUGCCAUACAACCUGGCCGAGGACCCCUGGUUUGCGGCCCAGGCCUUCAUCCACCGCAACAACCUGAGCCAGUACUACCUGGACCAGGUGGCCAACUUCAUCGUGCGCAACACCAAGGGCAUGGUGAUGGAAAGUGGCGCCGCCACCACGGGUUUUGCAGACCCCUUCACCGGUGGUUCGAGGUACAUUCCGGGAACCGCACCACCGCCAGGAAGCGCGCCUGGCAACGUCUUGGCAAGGACAGGGCCCGGCCAAAUACCCAAUGACGGUGCGCCCAUCGAGCUGGACGGAGCAGCGGGAGACAUGACGCCGGGAGCAGAACACUUCUUCCCCCACACCACGUUCCUGCGGUUUGACGUGGCCAACACGCAAGGCAUCCUGGCGAAGUUGCGCGAGUUCAACACCCAGGUGCCCCCGGAGGACAUUGUGGCAGACGAGGAGCUCGUCAGGCUGAUGGCCCUGUGCAGCGCUGCCUGUAGUCCGGACGAAGGCCAGAUGGCGGCGCUCGAAAAGAUUGUCCACUGGCCACGAGAGUUUGUGUUCCCCGCACUGGACCUGCUCCGCCUGGCACUGCGCAACCCUGCUGUGAACAGCCGCGUCUGCAACUCGGGCGGUGGGCCCCAGCUGUGCAGCCACCUCAUCGCCCUGCUGGGCGCCUCGGGCGCAAGCAGCAAUGCCGCGGCCAACCAGAUGCUCUCGCUCCGCGCCCUCUGCAACCUCUUCUCCCAGCCCGGCGGCGAGGCCCUGGCGCUGCGCGAGCGGACGCGCGUGCUCGCUGCGACGCAGCGCCGCGCCACCGCCGGCAGCGCCAACAAGAACACGCAGAUCGCGCUGGCAACGCUCGCGCUCAACUACGCGGUGGCACUGCGGCGUGCGGGGCCGUCAAACGACGAGGACGGCAAGGAGGCGGCGGUCCAGCUGCUGACCACGGUGACAGCCGCAGCGCCGGAGCUGACCGACGGAGAGGCGCAGUUCCGUCUGCUUGUCGCUGCGGGCACCGUGUGCUUCGGCGAGGACGGGGCAGCGGAGGAGAGCCGCGACUUGGCACGCGCGCUGGACGUGCCAGCAGUCGCGGAGAAGUGGGCAGCCGUCGACAUGCCCAGCAAGGUGGGGCGGUGCGCGCGCGAGCUGAUGGCUGUGCUCAGGUGAAAUGCCGCGGACUAGGGGACGCGUCGGACUCUGAACGUUUCGUCGACAACCUCUCGUUUCGUGUGCCCCGUGGCGAGAGUGCGUCUAGGGUAUGGUGUCUGGAGCGCAUCUCCCGCUGGUGCGUUUGGCGCGUCCGGAAAAGGCAGUUUCUCGAUUUUUGCCGGACGACGCCGUGGAAGCGUCGCGCCGUCGCCGGCCGCUCCGGCGUCGUUUGUUGCCACUUUGCGAUCACUUUCAAUGCGUGGGCGAAAUAGGAUGCUAAGUAGGCCAGUCGGAGAUGCAUUCCAGCCACCGCGUUCUGUGAAUGGCUUGUUUAUCUGUCAUUUCGUUGAUCUCGUUUACGCCAGUGUCGGCAACGUGUUGCGGUGCGGAAGAGACUUUAAAAACAAAAAGGAAAGAAAGUGUGCGUUGAAUGACGUUUUCAGGGAUUGCCCAUGACAGAUGUACAGUCGAUUUUCUCGUGUCGUUCGCUCGACGCUAGAGGUUUACGAGUUGGCAGACUUUGUUGGCAGACUUUGUUGGCAACUGGCUCUUGGGUUGUCAAGAGCUGGUCCUUCUUUCUCAAUACGGGAAAAUGGUUGUGGCUUCUGCUCUGUCAACUUCUUAACACGAGGUUGCUGCGAGACGAUUUUGCAAUGCCCGACUCUUUCUACCUCGCAUGGUCGAUAUUUAUUUUGGCACUUGAAAUACGAGUUAUCGCUUUUUCUCGUCAAUUAGCAUCGCAUUGCCACAAAUAUUAUCGGUUAGAACGUGCACGUUCAAAUCAAUGCACCAUUUUAUGGCUCUUCUGACAAAGCAUCUCAACCGCAACUUCCCCGAAGUCACGUGGAUCUUUGGCAGCUCCACGUACACUGUGCCUGUGCCUAAUACCCCGCACCAUACUCGAAACAAGCCAAACAAACCUUGUGGCCACUGCCCUUUCAAGUGCGCCGUCGGAGGACUUUUUCUUGUAUUGUUAUUUAUAUAAAUUCUAGAUGUUGCAAAAUGUUUCACGACAUAGCAUAUACCUUGCCGUUUUUGAAUGCGCACGUGCGCAAAACCGAGCAUUUCGUAUCACAUUGUAGGAGAAUAAAACGCCAAGCCUAACAUCAAGAAUAUCUGCUGCACGUCUUGGUCAAAUCCCACAAAGUCAUGAUCUCUGGAUUUCUUCAUUGCCCGAGGCCAACUUCAAAAUGCGGAAAUUUGUAGCAUUGGACGACAGGUGCGAAGGUACCGUAAUGAAAUGAAGUGCAAUUCUGGUUGCUACUCAGUGGCAGCUGUCUGUGUACAUAACAAAACAAUAAAAAAACCAAAAAUCUUUCUUCUCAUUUUGUGUGUUUGUUUCCUUUUGCUUUCACAUUAAUGUUUCAGUUUCAUAGAACAUUUGCCGUGCUCGCGUCCUUUUCAUAGGCAAAUGUGAAAACAGCUUGCAAAACCUUGAAAACCGCACGUCACCUUACUAAAGUAGCAGUAAUUACUUUCUGUUGUAGCAUCUCUUAAAAAGCAAAGCACUUUUUUUUUCUAACGAGCCACAAGUUUGUUUUUGUACAUGGGCACAUCUCCAGAUAUGGCGGGCACA